GACGUCACCGGCAGCAGGGUUGCAGAGUCACCGCCGGGUGUUGUGCGCAAACAAGGAGUCUCGGUGCGCAGCGCUCGCCUCACGGCCGCCAGAAGGAGCUUGGACAGGGAGAGGGAACGGGCCUUCAUGAUCUCGGCUGCAGUCCUGGCCUUCACAUCUGCCUGCGAGAGUCAGUGAUGGAGUCAGAAGUCAAAGACGGCGACGAGGACAACCUUCAGAGCGCCUUCAAAAAGCUGCGUGUUGAUUCGGAAGCAUGUGCAGGAUCAUUGGGUGGCGCCGACAGCUCUAAUUCAAGACCAUGUGGGAGAGCGGCCCUUGAGGAUGCCAAACCAAAAGUGUUGGGUUCUCUAAAGGACAGCUGGCAUGGAUCAUCAAGAAAAACCACACGAGGAGCUGGAAGAACACCAAGAAGACGUCGCUCUAAAUCCCCAGUUCUUCACCCCCCAAAGUUUACACACUGCAGCACAAAGACAACGUGCAGCUCUCUGCUAAAGCACAAGAGCCAUUGCGAUGCCGCGGAAGGAGGGGCCACAGCCGUCAGCGACCCCUCCAGCACUACCGCCAUUGGCUACAAGAGAUUUGGCCUUGAACCGUCAGGGGUGUCUGCAUCAGAGACUACUUCCCAAAUGGGCAAGACAGAUUCUUCUAUUCCUCUGGAGCCCAGUGGAAAAACAAAGACCAGCCUCCCUUCAGAUUUCCACUCUGUCUCUAAGCUUGGCACGGCCGCGAAAUGUACUUGCAACGGUAGCGAUUGCCAGUGCGACAACUGGCAAAACAUGGAAGUGUAUUCUUUUUCUGGCUUGCGGGACAUGCUUACAGAAUGCGAGAAGACGGUGAAGGAGGACUACUCUCAGUCUUUACAAAACAGAACUCAAACGGCAGGCAACAGCUCCUCCGGAUCUCCGCGCUCCUGCUCGGAACAGGCCAGAGCGUCUGUUGAUGAUGUCACCAUCGAAGACCUGGCCGGAUACAUGGAAUACUACCUGUAUAUUCCAAAGAAGAUGUCGCACAUGGCCGAGAUGAUGUACACCUGACGUCGGACCUUGAGGCAUGGGUAAAAGUAACCGCAUGUAGAUCAUCCCUGAACGGUCUUAUCUCUGACCCCGUCAUCCGCCACCUGCCACCAUUUUGUGUAAAGUAAACGCCAUCAUUGCAUUAUGCACAUGUUUUGAUGAAGUCUUAAAGCCCCAAUAAAAUUACCAGCAAUCAUGCCGCUUAACUGAUAUGGGUGGUAGCUGUGUUGUGAUGCCACCUUCCAUGUCAUUGGUAGCUAAGGUGGGGGGGGGGGGGUGGUAUUUCCAGCACAUUCUCAAAUUCAUAAAAUAGGGUCGGGAGGAAUCAUUUUUUUUGUUUCAUGCAGUAUCUCUGGAAAUCCUUCUGUUCAUUGCAGUGUUAUAUGAAUGUUGGUCCUGGUAGGUAACCAUUUUGUGUGUCUAACAAUAGAGGAAGUGAGAACAGCUUCUGUUUAAAGCAAGGUAGAGCAUUGCCCCCAUUGCAGUGAUCCUUUAAGCAGAUGUGUUGAAAUGUUCUUGAGCUUGAAGCUAAGGCUCAGUAGAUUAAUGUUGGAUAAUAAAACAUGCAUUGAAAUGA